GAUGCGUUUCCGCGUUUUCACUGUGUGUGUGUCGACCUGCUACGACAGCGAUAAUAGCGCGUAACUUGGAGCUGUUACUCGAAGCGCCUGUAAAGUCUUAUCAUCGAUCUAGAUAAAGACGGAUCUGGCACGCGAAGUAUGCAGUUUGUAUCAGCACGACUAACAUUUCCUGAACACUUAUCCAAGAGGCGACCGUGAAUUCGCAACGAGAGAGAGAGAGAGAGAGAUAGAGAAGAGCUCCUCGACCUCGACAGACGCGAUAGACGCUUCCAGCGCUAUCGAUAUCCACUAUCAUCGAUCAACGACGACGAGAUGGGCCGUUCGAGCCGGCAUCUCUGCGGUCGGAGAGUUCGUUGGCUUUGGCACGCGCUCGAGUUCCGACACACUUUCGACACGACGAAGAGCGUCAGGAAUUCCCCCUUGAAACGUCACCAAGUACGUCGUUCCUUUGAUUCAAGCGACUCGAGCGCUACGAUUCCCAGGAUUUCCAGGAUGCGCGAUACGAGUGUACAGAUGCGUGAUCAACACAGUCCGAGAGAUCUCGGGUCAAGCGACGGUCAUCGCGGCAGAUCUCGAAGGAGCACAUUCACCAAACACAUUCCUCGGAUGACGAUGACGAUGGCGACGUUACACGACGUGUACGAGCGGUUGCAUCGUGUGGCGUGCGUUCGCUGAGGAAUUCGAGGAUUCGUGCGGCUCGAGCGAGCGAACAAGCGAACGAACGAGUGAGCGACCGACCGACCUCGAGCCACUUUCUUCGGCCCCUCCGAGAGUCUUCACCUUCCUCUCCUUCUUCCUCGAGGAUGACCCACGUUCAAGAACAACGCAGACAGUCAGAGGCGAAGCGAAGCGCGAGGCUCCGGACAACCUAAGAUCGCCUUGAAGAGCACGCGCUCGGUCUUCGUUCGCGCCUUCGACGACCACUUGUUGCUCUCUCUCUCUCUCUCUCUCUCUCUCUCUC